CAAUCCAAGCGCGUUCAGUCGCUCGACACCAUCGCUUGUUAUCACACCGUCAAGAUGAGUUUCAAAGACAAGGUGGUGAUAGUGACCGGCGCUAGUUCGGGUAUCGGGGCGGCCACCGCCAUGGAGCUGUGUCGCCGGGGAGCGGCCGUGGUGCUGGCGGCGAGGAACCAGAGCAAGCUGGCGGCGGUGCGCGCGCGCUGCGCCGCCGCCGGCCCGCCGCCGCUGCUGCUGCCCACAGACCUCGUCAACGAGGCCGAUCUCAAGAACCUCGUCGACAAAACUUUGGAGAAAUACGGGAGGAUCGACGUCUUGAUCAACAACGCUGGAUUCGGCAUCAAAGAACCGUUCGAAUCUGAUAAAGCCGUGCAAGUAUUCGAUGACAUACACAACCUUAACCUGCGCGCUGUCGUGCAGCUAACCCACCUCGCGAUGCCACAUUUAAUAAAAACCAAAGGCAACAUCGUGAACAUAUCGAGCGUGGCCGCUCUCAAGACCUUCCCUAGCUCCUGGGCAUACUGCACCGCUAAGGCCGGCUUGGACCACUUCUCCCGCUGUAUCGCGGCCGAACUGGCCCCUAAAGGGGUGAGAGUCAACGUGGUGAACCCAGGACCCGUCAGGACUGACUUCAUAGAGAACAUGGGUCUUGAGGAUGUGGAGCAGUUCUUCAACCACAUGGCUCAGAUGACGGCGCUGAAGCGGGUGUCGGAGCCACAGGAGAUCGCUGAUGUGAUCGUGUUUCUGGCCAGCGACAAGGCGAAGGGGGUCACGGGCGCCAACUGGAUGGCAGACGACGGGGCUAUGGUCAAUACUCAAUGAUUAGAAUAAGCGCUUCGUUAAUGUUAUGUUUUUUGUAAGUGCGAAUACUGGAAUAUCAGCACAGUGAUUCUAGAAUCCUUUGAAGGUUUGCUUUUAGCAUGCCGAGAUAUGGCUUUUGUUACAUAGAUUUUGUUAUCCUUUCUAAUAAAUAAAUUUACUUACUCAA